GAAAUGGGAAUCUUUGUGUUUUCCUAAACAAGAAGGUGGUCUAGGUAUUAAAGGACUUGAACUAUGGAACAUUUCUUGCAUAAUGAGAUACAUCUGGAAGAUUUUUUCUCAAGCAGGCUCUAUUUGGGUAGCCUGGGUGCAUGAGUUCCUAUUGAAAAAUUGCAGCUUUUGGACAGUUGAAGUUCCUGUAGAUGCUUCAUGGGGCAGGAGAAAAAUCCUUAGGCUUUGACAAAAGACUAGAAAUCUAGCCAAGCAGAUUCCAGGGGAUGGCAAGGACAUAUUCAUUUGGCAUGAUGCUUGGCAUCCAGCUGGUCAAUGAUGCAGCUAUUCCUUAUCAAGAAAAAGUGGCUGUGGCAGUGCGAGGUAAUUAUUGGAACUGGCCUCCAGCCCACUCUCCACAGUUAGUUCAGAUUCAAGCUGAUCUAUGUGGCAAGCUAUAUCCCCAAGAGAGAAUUAAAGAUACUGUUGUAUGGGUACCCUCAGCCUCUGGAAGAUUUCAUACAGGGCAGACAUGGCAUUGGCUAAGACAAAAGCACAGCGGGGUUUCUUGGUUCAAGCUAAUAUGGUUCUUGGACUCUAUUCCCAAACAUAGCUUUGUUGGGUGGCUGGCCAUUUUGAAUAGGCUUACUACUAAAGCAAGACAGAAAAAAUGGACACCAAGCAUCGAUGAUACCUGCCCUUCAUGUGGCUCAGCAUCAGAAACAUGUGAACAUAUGUUUUUUAAGUGCAGUUUUUCAUCUCCGAUCUGGCAGACUUUAUCAUCCAUGGCUGGCACUUUAUCAUCCAUGGCUGGCAUUCCUUUUCAUGACUCCUAUCUCAGUUUAUUGGCUUGGGUGGGGAAAAGAAUUAGUAGGAAAUCUUUGCAAGUGACGCUUAUAAAACUUGCAUGGAAUGCUGCUGUAUAUCAUAUUUGGACGGAAAAGAAAUCAAAGGAUUCAUAAGCUAGCUCUCAAACCAGUUCAACUCAUUAUUGCUGAAAUUCAGAGAGAUGUUCGUGAUAGGAUUUUGGGCUUUGCUAAGCCCCAUUCUUCUCCCUUGUCUCCUAGCACAGCUCAUUGGUGGGGACUUGAAAAUUGUGUGCAAUGAAGUUUUCUUUUGAGG